AUGUCCUACUUUGACAUGCCAUCUUCUUCCAACAAAGAUUCUUUCCCUGUGCUCAGCAUCGAGGCAGAUCCCCCAAGUUCACCUGAAGCCUCAAGUCCUCUGUCUAAAUCAUUGUUGGAGAAAAAGUUGUCUAAGGAAGCAUACGGGAAGCAACCGGCUUCAAGCUCAACUGACAAUGAGGACGACGACGUCCUGAUCCCACCAAAGCAUCACGAGAUGGUGCGCAACAACACAUUUUGCGAAGCGAAUGGAAUGGAGCCGGCCAAGAAAGAGAAAGGUGAACACAAGUACGAGACUCUACUGAGGCGCCUUGAGAUCGACUUCGAAAAUACUAAGAAAACAACCUACAGUAAAAUCAUCGACCUACUCCACUCCAACAACCAGUUGAAUACAAGGGCCAGCGAUCUCGAGGUUUACGUUGGCACCAUCAACGGCAGUGGCGACGAUGAAGACAAGCUGAGCAGAUCUCUGCCCAACAAUGACCCGGACAACCACAGACACGGCAGCCAGCAGACCAGACCCAGCCUGACACAGCGACAGAAUGACUACGAGGAUAGCCAGGACCGUCUGGGCGAGCAGCAGGACGUGCUUGCCUCGCAGCAUCAGCGGCUGGACCGCCGUCUCGCCGACAUUGAGUACUGCCUACACCUUAGCACGCCAACCCGUUCUGAGUCCGCACCCCCUAGACCCACGGCGGCCACGGCUGGGCUUUUCCCUCCGUGGAGCGAGGGGUACUGGGGCGGGAGCAAGAGUCCCAGCAGGCUCGCGGGUGCGUGGGGAUCGAGGAGCUCCCGCAGCAGCCGCGGGGCUGGAGUGAAGCCUAAGGUCGAGGGUGACAGCGUCGCCGCGGGCGGCGAGAGCAGGCCUCUUCUCGGGCCUCCAGCGGCGGGUCGUACUGCGGUUCUCGGGCCAACGUCGAUUGCUUCUUCAAAAAGGAAAUCCGAAGAGCUCGAAGACGACAACAUCAAUGAUGCCAAUAAGGGAGGAAACAGCAAAAAGCAUAAGAAGGACAAAAAGAAUGACGACGAGAGUGACGGAGAAGAAGAAGACGAGGGAAGCAAGCCCAAGCCGAGGCCAAAGAUCAAGACCAAGCCCGCUGGAGCCACGCAACCAACAACCAAAGGGCCCAAGAUCCUGCUCAAGAGUCGCAAGCGAAAGGCGGCUGACGAAGACGAAGACCCCAAGGAUGGCAACAGCGACGAUGAAGAGCCGAAGCCGGAUCAAAAGUCGACGACUACUUCGAAACCUGCGACCAAGAAGCCAAAGAUCGCUCCCAAGACUGCACCAAAGACUGGAUCAAAGACCGGGUUAAAGCCCAAGCCAAAGGCUGCACCCAAGAGCUGCAACUCCAAGGACAACGAAAGUGAGGACGACAACGAAGACGACGAGGAAGUCAGCGGCGAUGAGGACAAACAGGGGAAGCCGAAACCGGGGGCGAAGUCGGUCAGCAAAUCGAAGCCAGCGCCCAAGUCUGUUCCCAAGGCUGCAUCGAAGGCUACAGCAAAGACCAAGCCAAGGGCCGCAGCUAAAGGUUGCAAGCCAAAGGAAGACGAAGGUGGCAACGGCGACGAUGGAAAGGACAGCGAUGAUGAGGCCAAGCAGGGAAAGCCGAAAUUCGCACCGAAAGCUGUAUCCAAGACGAAGACUGCCACCACUACCACCACCACUAAGGGAGCUCCCAAGAAGGCCCCCAAGACUGCGCCUAAGAGAGGGAGAACAGGCGUCUCCAAGACAGGCGGCGACGAGGAAGAGGUUGACGACGACGACGAUGACGAAGAUCAGGGGCCAGAGAAGAAGAAGGCCAAGGUGGAGCCGAAGAAGGCAAAGACGGCUUCGAAGGGGACCUCUUCCAAGCCCGCUGCUAAGCCGGCAGCAAGGGGUUCAAGGACGGGGCUCCGCAGUCAAGGGGCGCCGGCGCCGGCGUCGGCUCCUCCACCUCCACCUCUACCUCAACCCGCAGCGCCGGCCCUGGCUCACCCAUCGGCACCAGCUCCCGCUCCUGCUCCCACUUCCGCCCCCGACCCCGCUCCAGCAUCUCUGCCAUCUCUGGUCCUGGGCCUGCCUUCCAAUGAUAAUGAUGGACGCGACUACGGCACUUGCGGCGGCGCGACCUGCUAUGUAUAG